UUGCAAAAAUAUAUAUUUCUCUUGACAGCAAUCGUAUACACACCUGUACCAUAUACAGUAAAAUAUAAAUACAGGAGCAGUAUUUCACUGUUAUUUAACUGGACACAUUUAGUGCCGCAGAUGAAUAUAAUAAUCGUAUGUGUAUCAGGAUCCAUGUACAGCAGUACUGCAGUAGUACUACUACUUCCUCUACUACGCAGUAUUUGCCUUUACUUCGCUGCUAUCUGUCCUCAGUGAGUGGUUACAGUUUUCCGUGAAGUAUUGCUCUACGGUCAGAUAUUUAUUGUUAUCCUCAUGCCACCCAAAAGAGAAGCAGGAGCGACUCCCACACAACCCCCAGCAAAGAUGAUAAAAAUCGGCCCUGAUGCUCUGGGGUUUGACUGUGAAACAGUAGAGGAUAAGUACAGGUUGACCGAGGAGUCCAGCUACUCUCCUUUUCCCAACAACGAGCCUGAAAACAUUGAAUUCGAUGAAGAAAAUAUUGCAAGCGCAGGCAUCAGAACAGACACCAUCAGCCUCCUCAUGAAAAUAGAGCAACUGCAGGCACAACUAAAAUAUGAACGUCGAUGUAGAAUUCUGGCCGAGAGAGAGCUGAGGGAGCUCAAAGAGAUGAACACGCUCAUGAUGCAGAUGAGGCACACGGCUCAUGAACUGCGAGUCACUCUGGAUCACGUUCUCCAAGGAGGCGAGGUAGCAGCAGGAUCCCACCACUCUCAAGAUGAAACUACUUCUUUCCUGGGAGAGCCCGAGGCGGAGAUGGGAGAGGAUCAUAAUAUCAUCCCAGAGGAUGAUGUCAACUUCCUGUAUCUCUCGGAGACUCUUCGAGUACCAAAAACUCUCUAUGAGCGCAUCGCAGAGAUUGGAGACUACAAAAAGUACACGUCAGCUCUGCUGAUGAUACUUUUUGACAGAGAAACAUUGGGCACACACUCUCUGCAGGGCCGGAGGAACACCAUGAGUGGAGAAGAUAGCCAUAAACCUCAACUCCCACCUGAGAUCUUGCGAGGUAUAAUUGAACAUGUGGCACUGAAGUUUGGUGUGGAUAGCAGCCAAAUAAAAACGGCAAUCCGCACAAAGUUGAACAACGAAGACAAACUAUUAAAGAAGAGACUGGGUAUAGGUAAAGCUGAAAACAAAUCUUUUAUUGAUCCAAGCUUUUGCCAUGAUGAUGCAUAUCUGUCUGAAAAUGGAACGAUGACAAGCGAAUCUCACUUAUAACGUUUUGAGUCUGCCUUAAUGUGUUGGUCACCCGUAUUUCAUGUCUUGCAGAUAAGUCUGACAUGAUUACUUUUGUAAUGCACCUGUAGUUUAUUCAUUAUGUUAUUAGUGCUUGAUUUGAAUUAGUUAGAUUUUUUUCUAAUACUUUUUAGAAUUCUUCCAUUUUUGCAGCUACUGUUGUCUCUCAUGUUCAAUGUAUAACAUUUAAUCUGCUAACCCUGCAGCACUGUCACAUGUUAUAUGUGUCAUUGUGGGAAAAACAACCAAGUGUUCUUAUUUUAUUUGCGGUAGUAAGUGGCAGUGUCUAAAUAAUGAACUCGGUCUUUGUCAAAUAUUUAUAACUGUCAGUCAGCUGUUUUGAAAGUAGCUGUUUUGAACAUCUUUCAAAUAAUAGGGGUGCUAUUUCGACCCUGUAGUUCAUGAUAAACUGUGAAAUUCACCAAGUGAUACUGUGUUUCUAGAAUAGUUUUUUUGCGGUUGCAAAAUAUGCUGUAAGUGAUAAAUAAUCUUUCUGCUUCCACACCAUCUAUUAUAUCACUUCUCUGUGUGUUGUGCUUGCCUACUUAAGGGCCAAUAAAAAUUCAGAACUGA